GGGGGGAUGGGGUCGUGUCGAGGAUGAGAUUCAAAAUAUUUAUCUCUUGGCUAACCGAAUAUCUAUACUUCUGAGCCACACAUCCUUCCCAGUUGUUGGACCAUCAAUCGAUUUGGCUUCGUAUGAAGCUCGGCGGUGUUCGCCCUCUGUAAAGUGGAGUAUCUGAACGUCCACGAUACGCUUAAAAAGUCGACAAAAUGUAUCCUGCUGGAGCUACAGAGGUUCUGGAGGGACCACGUUCCUCUGGCUCAAUGAGCUCUGAUCCUCCAUCUUCCCCGUUGCCAGAAUAUGUGUUCAAGCCACCAUCAAGGCCGGAUUUCGGCACCAUGGGAAGGGUGAUCAAACUCCAGGCCAACUUUUUUGAGAUGGAAAUUCCCCAAUUGGAGGUCUAUCACUAUGACAUCGACAUCAAGCCAGAGAAAUGUCCCAGGAGGGUUAACCGUGAAAUUGUAGAGCACAUGGUUCAGCACUUUAACACCCAAAUCUUUGGUGAUCGGAAGCCGGUGUAUGAUGGAAGAAAGAACCUCUACACGGCCAUGCCUUUGCCCAUUGGUCGAGACAAAGUGGAGCUUGAAGUGACGAUACCAGGCGAAGGCAAAGACCGCAGCUUCAAGGUGUCCAUCAAAUGGGUUUCCUGCGUUAGUCUACAAGCGCUACAUGAGGCGCUAGCUGGACGGCUACCGAGUGUUCCUUUUGAAACUAUUCAAGCUUUGGAUGUAGUCAUGAGGCAUUUACCUUCUAUGAGGUACACCCCAGUGGGACGCUCUUUCUUUACUCCCUCAGUGGGAUGCUCAAACCCCCUAGGAGGUGGGAGAGAGGUGUGGUUUGGUUUCCAUCAGUCUGUCAGACCAUCCCUCUGGAAAAUGAUGCUCAACAUUGAUGUUUCAGCCACAGCUUUCUACAAAGCACAGCCUGUGAUUGAAUUCAUGUGCGAAGUUCUGGAUUUUAAAAGCAUCGAGGAGCAACAGAAGCCUUUAACAGAUUCUCAGCGAGUGAAAUUUACAAAAGAAAUCAAAGGCCUCAAAGUCGAGAUAACGCACUGCGGGCAGAUGAAGAGAAAGUACAGAGUUUGCAACGUGACCAGAAGACCAGCCAGCCACCAGACGUUCCCUUUGCAGCAGGAGAAUGGCCAAACUAUUGAAUGCACAGUAGCCCAGUACUUCAAAGACAAGUACAAACUCAUCCUGCGAUACCCUCAUCUCCCAUGUUUACAGGUGGGACAAGAGCAGAAGCAUACCUACCUCCCUCUAGAGGUGUGCAACAUAGUGGCAGGACAGCGCUGCAUCAAGAAGUUGACUGACAAUCAGACCUCCACAAUGAUCCGGGCCACAGCCAGAUCUGCACCAGACCGGCAGGAUGAAAUAAGCAAACUGAUGAGAAGUGCCAACUUCAACGCUGACCCUUACGUCCGUGAGUUUGGAGUAAUGGUGAGGGAUGAAAUGACAGAAGUGAACGGCCGCGUCUUGCAAGCACCUUCGAUACUUUAUGGCGGCAGGAACAAAGCAAUAGCAACGCCAAUUCAGGGAGUCUGGGACAUGAGGAACAAACAGUUCCACACUGGCAUUGAGAUCAAAGUGUGGGCCAUUGCUUGCUUCGCACCACAGCGACAGUGCUCCGAACUCUUGCUCAAAGCUUUCACAGAUCAGCUGAGGAAGAUUUCUCGAGAUGCAGGGAUGCCCAUCCAGGGUCAGCCUUGUUUCUGCAAGUACGCCCAGGGGGCAGACAGCGUGGAGCCGAUGUUCAGGCACCUCAAGUACACCUACCAGGGUCUGCAGCUGGUGGUGGUCAUCCUCCCUGGAAAGACACCAGUUUAUGCUGAGGUGAAGCGCGUUGGCGACACUGUGCUUGGAAUGGCAACGCAAUGUGUCCAGGUGAAGAAUGUCCAGAAGACAACACCUCAAACUCUCUCUAACCUCUGUCUGAAGAUCAAUGUCAAGCUGGGCGGCGUCAACAACAUCCUGCUCCCACAGGGCAGGCCGCUGGUGUUCCAACAGCCAGUGAUCUUCCUUGGUUCAGAUGUGACCCAUCCACCUGCAGGAGAUGGGAAGAAACCUUCCAUUGCUGCUGUGGUGGGUAGCAUGGAUGCCCACCCUAGCCGAUACUGUGCCACAGUGCGGGUGCAGCAGCACCGCCAGGACAUCAUCCAGGACCUGGCCAACAUGGUGCGGGAGCUGCUCAUCCAGUUCUACAAGUCCACUCGCUUCAAGCCCACCAGAAUCAUCUACUACCGAGAUGGCAUUUCUGAGGGCCAGUUUAGCCAGGUCCUUCAGCAUGAACUGCUGGCAAUCCGUGAAGCUUGCAUCAAACUAGAAAAGGAUUACCAGCCUGGUAUUACCUUUGUGGUUGUACAGAAGAGACACCACACAAGGCUUUUCUGUGUGGACCGGAACGAAAGGGUUGGAAAGAGUGGCAACAUUCCUGCAGGGACCACAGUGGACACCAAAAUCACCCACCCAUCAGAGUUUGACUUCUACCUUUGUAGUCAUGCAGGCAUUCAGGGAACCAGCAGACCAUCUCACUACCAUGUGCUCUGGGAUGACAACCACUUCUCAUCAGACGAGCUGCAGGUCCUCACCUACCAGCUUUGCCAUACCUAUGUGCGCUGCACCCGGUCCGUUUCCAUCCCAGCGCCGGCCUACUACGCUCAUCUAGUGGCUUUCCGGGCGCGCUAUCACUUGGUGGAUAAAGAGCACGACAGUGCUGAGGGCAGUCAUACGUCAGGCCAGAGCAACGGGCGGGACCACCAGGCGCUGGCCAAGGCUGUUCAGAUCCACCAGGACACCCUGCGCACCAUGUACUUUGCCUGAAAGCACAACAACUGGAUUGGUGUGGGUAGAACCCCUCUAAUGAAACCAGUGAUCACCUUCUAGCUGUCUGUGAGCAGCAAAUCCCACACCAGGGCUUCACAUUUUCUCUAGGUGAUGAACCAGUCACUUGCCCAUAGGUUAAACUUCUCCCCUUAAAUCCACUUAAAUUAAGCCAUCUACAGUUUAGAAAAAGGGCCAUUUUAUUUUUAUGCAUUUGGUUUUUAUUUUUCCCCAAAGUCUAAAAAUAGAAGUUACACACUGAAAUAUAUGAGGUAGUAGUUUUUUUAAAGUAAGUGGGCUGUUAUAUUCUACACCAGGUUUUUUUUUUUCUCCUGCAACAUACGUGUUUUGAUCCUGGUGCUUAAAAAAGAGAAUCAAAAAGUUUUGGAGAGCUCACUUAUUGUUUAUAUGCCAACACGUUUAAAACCAAACAUUAUUAGCCAAUCAAAGCAAAGUGCACUGACCAGGAUGGGUACUUCAAGAAGGACAAAAGUACUUAAUAUAUUUUGAAUUACUUAAAGGUUUUUUUUUUUUUUUUCCUUCAGCAUAGGUCAUUAUUUUAUUUGGAAAACAGAAGUGCCAUUUGGGGCUUUGUUUCUAUGAUGAAUUAGUUAGCCCAUGGUUGGACUUUCUACUGCAAACUGUUUUAUGCCAAAUCCAGUGAAGGUGAAAAUAGUUUUCUCUAACUGAACCAUCAAUAGUUCUGAAAGUUUUGUAAAAAUUUAGGAACAAGGUAACCGCAUUUAUCGUUAAGUCCUGACCGAUUUAAAGUUCAGUUAAUGAUUUAGUAACGCAAAACUGGGUGCACUGGGACUGGAUCCCAGCAACCCCCCUUUUUUUUAUGUUUUAUUCUGAGCCAUAAUGAUGAAACAUUGAAACUCAAAGGCAAUCGUGAGAAUUUCUCCUUUUUUUGUUUGUAGUAAAUCUUCAUUGUAUAUGCAUGUAGCUAAGAUCCUUUUUCUUUCUUUUCUUUUUAAGACAUGUAGGCAUUUAAAGUAGUUUUCUCCUUUUACACACCUUAACCCCGCUUCUAUUUUUUUAUUGUAUAUAGCAGCAGGAAAGUAUUUUCUGCUGCGUCGAGGUCAGAUCGGAGCAGCCGUGUAGCAUCUCCGUUUAGGGGCAUUCGGUACAGCAAUUUUUUUAACAUUUGAACUGAUUUUAAAAUGUUACACAAGAACCUCUUUAGAGCAGAGGAUGCUUCGAGAACUGUAAGCGGUAUUAGCACAAAGCAUGGGAGGUGGGGGUUUAUGCAACCAGCUUUUGUGAGGUCUUUUUACUAAAUGGAAAUAUUCCUAACCAGAUAUAUUUUACAUAAAGCUUUUAGUGGAAACGGCUGAAAAGUUUUAGAAUUUUUUUUUUUUUACAGGCCAACGUUUUGUCUAAAUUAACUCUUUGUCUACACGUUUUAAAUGCAAUUAUCUUGCCUUCUAAGACUGUCAGUUUUUACCAAUGGAAUUAAUGCAUAAUGACACCCUAAGCUUGUGAAUGUUUGUCUUGAUUGAAGGCAAGUAGUGGAUAUUUCCUAACUAUGCAUACAUUAUUUUUAACACAUUUAGCAGUCAGAGGGGAUCCCACAUGAAUUUGGAUCAUGUAUAGAAGGAGACAAUCAGGGUAUUUUCAGUUUCCUUUUUCUUUUUGCAUUUUAUUGUUGUUUCUUAGUCCUUAUCAGCAUCGUCACGUUUGUAGUAAUGGUCAUUUGUGACGUAGAUUUUAUAGCUUAAAAAUGAGUGUAUCCUUUAUAACACCAAAUCUUUCACGGCCAAACAAGAUUACAAACUUGUACAUAAUUAUUGUUCAGCAGAUUUAAAAGCACAAAAAAAUCUUUUUGACUCUAGGUGCUAGAUGAUUUCACUAUAAAAUCUCACCUCAAGUUCUCACUGUUCCUCCUUUAUCUCCACGAUCCUUUGUUACCCUUUUUUUUUUUUUUAAACACCCAUUACACGUAAAACUAAAGAUCAGACAUUUGUUGGGCAUUCUGGUUAAAAAAAAAAGCAAAUCCCUUACUUGAUAUUUAAUGUUCUGAUGUCAAUAUUGUUCUUAUUGGUGCUGGUCUCAAAAUGUAAAUUUGGAUGCACUUUUGAUAGCAGAAUAAUGGGUAUAUCUUCUAAUGUGUGUUUUCCUUUUUAUUUUUUCCCUUUUAUCUGAAGCAAAGGCUCGGCCAUGUUGAGCGACACUGGUGUAAUUGCAUGGAAAUGGCCGCGUGUUCUACCUCUUGUUACCUGUUGAUAUGUUAUGGUAACAUCACACCGCUGGCCAUUUCUGUAUAAUUACCCUUUCUAUGUAUCUUAAUAGGCAACCGCUUGUGUCUCCUGUUGAUUUUUAGAGGCUCAGUGAGCAUGAUGGUGAUUUCGUUUUUAUUAUAUUUCUUAAUGUUGCAUAAUUUCCAUUAAGCGAAGAGACAGAAUGUGUUUUAAUUUCUAUGACCAAAUCCUUGGAGUGUGUUUUGUACCUACACACAGCUCUCUGCUUGUUUUUUCUAUGCACCACUAAAAUGACACUUUGAUUUUAAACUUUGGCUCUUCGCUCGAGCUGUGUUACAACAAAUGCAAAUUCUCCUUCAUCAUGACCAAGUCGGUGUAAUCUCGAUGGUGCUAUCAUUCAGGCUGCUGGCGGAAGUUUUUAAGAUGAGGAGAGAUGCAGCAGCAGCCGGAGAGCUGGGGCUGAUUUAGUAAAGCUUUGACCUGCCAAUAUGGAAUUAAAUCCACUUGUGAUCUCUAUAGCUAUUAUAUAAACUAUAUUUUUAGCAGCAUGUAUGAACGAGAAUAGUUAUCCUUUUUUUUUUUUUUAAACCUUAUAUAUAUAUCAGCUUCUUCCCAUUGUGUUUUUGUGACGUCUCACUGAUUCUGUAAAUGGAUAACUUUGAGGUUCCUUCCCUUAUUAAUGGCUUCUGCUCUGAAAAUUGUUGCUAGGAUAUGUUGGUGCUUUUUACUGGUUUUGACAAUAUUGGAGUUUAGUUUCCAGCCAGUCACUGUUGAGGUGUGGUCCAUCAGACAAUCACUCCGUUUCUUGAUUUGUUUUUCUAGUAAGUGUCUUCUAGUAAGUGGCUGGUUAAAUAUAAAAUCAGUUCUGAAAAAGAGGGUCAGAUUGUAUCAGAUGGAGAUGGGUGUGUUGGAUCCUUGUGGUUGAUAUUGAGUAUCGCUUGGCAUAACGGCGAUAGUGACGUCGGAUGCAGGAGUUUGCCAGGUUCAAGCUACAGCUUUAAACGUGUUUUUGGGUAAGACGCUUCACCCACAUAACCUACUAAUUGGUGGGGGGUGGCAGCUGUGUAUGGCAGCCUCACUUCUGUCAGUGAGCCCAAUGGCAGCUGCCAUUAUCAGUAUAUGUUAGUGUGUGAUUGAUUAAAUGACAGAAUGUAGGGUAAAGCGCUCUGGUCAAGUCUCCUGACUGGGGGGAAAUAAAACCCUAUAUAUAUAUACUACAGGGCAUUUACAAUUGUCGUUUGAAUUUGUGUGGGUGCAGACCUUUUUAAUGCGUUCACACCAUGUUUUAAAUAUCCACUUUCCCUUCAUAGACAGGAGGCACCAAUAAUUGUAACAGGCUCCAUGCUUUAACUUGGAAGAAACCGCAACUUAUACAUCUGAGUGCUUUCUAAGGAGAUGGCUGUUGAGUUUCUCGUUUGUUUUUGUUUUUUCUCGUGUGUGUGUUUUGCAUUUCCUAACUAUACCAGCACCUUAUUAAACCAGAUCAGAAUGGCAUUCUUUUUUUUCUUGAUGCAAAACUCCAAAUGUUGCAUUGCACUAAAACUAAAUAAUCAUGUAGCUAUGGAUGCAUUGACAACAUGAACCUGCAGGAACUUAUUGAAUUACUUUUAUCCUAACCUGUACUUGUUUUUCCGGCAGAGCAAACAAAAGAUUCCAUCUAGCCAACUUAAUUUAUUAUUUUUUUAUAACCAAAAGCCUUUAACAACAAUAAGAUGGUUCUUUGUGGUUAAGACAGAGGGUCGCUUUUUGACCAAAGUUGUGGCGAAAAAUGUUUCCUAUAGGGCUGCAACUAACUAUUAUUUAAUCAAUUAAUCUGUCGGAUAUUUUUUCAAUUAAUCGAUAAAUAAACAGAUAGCCAAAGGUUCCUUAAAGAAGAUUUUUUAUGAAAUUAAACCAGGUGAAACUAAAACUUUUCCACUUGAGGA